AUGCACCUUGAAGAUGCCCAGAAGCGAGCAGAGCUGGAGGCCAGGACUGCUGCAGCAAAGAAGCGACUGGCGAUCGAGCGUCAGCGACAGGAGCUGGAGUGGAAAAUGCGAGAGCUGGAAUUGGAGACCGAACAUGACAUACUUACAGCAAAGAAGGAAGCUCUGCUUAAGUUCGAAAGGGAAGAAGGAAUGAGCGAGUCGGAGCACCCUAUUACGAAGGGCGAGACAAGAAGAGAGACCCCUAGUGAGGAAGAAGCGUCUCAUGCUGCAAGAACCAAGGAAGAACCAGAGGUACAAAAGGAGGUCAGCGAAUCAACCGCCACUGAAGUGCUAGCGAGUCUGGUGAACGUCCUCAAAGACCAGGGCAAGCAAGGCCGCCUGCCCAUGAUCGAACCUGGUGUGUUUACCGGAAGUGUUGACAAGUUCCCGAUCUGGCUGAGAGCGUUCGAAACGUACGUGGAGCAUCGGACCUCAAGUACAGUGGAACGCUUACACUUCCUCAGCAGGUACACCGAUGGUGAAGCCCACAGUGCUAUCGCCGGGUUCCUACAUCUACGGACAGCUGAUGCCUAUAUCAAGGCCAAAGAGAAGCUCGUCUCACGGUACGGCAACGACUUCCUCGUGGCUAGCAGCUACUUGAAUCGACUGAGGGAAUGGCCCAUAGUAAGAUCGGGGGACAGCAAAGGACUCCAGCGACUCGCAGACUUAUUGGAGCACUGUUUGAUGGCCUCCGCUGCCCUCCCAGGCAUGCGAGCUCUGGACGACCCGCACACCAUUCACCUGGUGCUCAAGAAGCUCCCUGCCUACGUCACUGACAGAUGGAAGCGGCUUGUGGACACCCGUGUCUACGGCGCUACCCCGAGCUACCCGACUUUUACAGACUUCGUGGAGCUGGUGGCCACGGAAGCACGCAUCGCCUGCGGACCUGUGAGUGUGCAAAUGGAAGAGAGUCUGCACACAAGAGACCCGAAGCAGGCGAGAGGAAAGGUGCAUACUUUCACGUCAAGCACCGACAACCCCUGUGGAGCGUGCGGCCAUAAAACCGAGGAGCGUUCAGUUUCUAAAGAAACCACGACAAGAAGCAGACGUCCUUGCAUCAUCUGCGGUGAAGAUCACACUGUACAUGCCUGCAAGAAGUUCAUGGCCAUGAGCCUCGAAGACCGCAAGGUGCAGGUGUUGAAGAAGAGACUCUGCAGAGGAUGUUUGAAACCAGGCCAUAUGUGGCGCGAUUGCCGGAGAAGAGACAAGUGCGAUAAGUGCUCCAAGGCGCACCCAACGCUCCUCCAUGACGAAGCGCUCGCCAAAACCGCUAACGCUCGCGGUCACAGUGAGACUGAGAACAGCAAGCCCACAAGAGGCGAAAUGCAAGCAAAGGCGUCUUCACUGCGAUCCACGGUCCAGAACGUCGAAGACUGCAGUACCUCUCACUGUCACACAAUGAUUGUUCCAGUAAAGCUGUACCGCCAGGAUCAGCCCGAGCGUAAGGUCGUCACGUAUGCACUGCUCGACCCGCAGUCGGAUGCGAGUUUUGUGACUGACGCUCUCUGUGACGCCCUUCAUCCAGAAGCCACCGAAGUCGAGCUGGAGCUGAGCACCAUGAAUGGUCGCAAGAUACUGAAGUGCAUGUCGACGUCAGGACUCGUCGUCGAAAGCCUGGAGAACGGUGAGAAGGUAGACCUUCCCACUCUGUAUUCACGCCAGGAGAUCCCAGCAGAUCACACACUGAUACCCAGACCUGAAACAUGCCUCAAGUGGACGCACCUUCACCAAGUGGCAGACAAGAUUCCCGUGCCACAAUCUGACGCGGACAUCGGACUCCUUCUGGGCGUCAACUGUCCGCGCAUCAUCAAGCCCAGGGAAGUCAUCCCAGGAGAAGAAGACGAUCCUUGGGCUGUGCGUACUCUUCUGGGCUGGGGUAUAGUAGGACUCAUCAGCAAGAGCGAACCGAAGGGAUGCUUCUACGUCGGCUCGGGUGAUGAGCGCAAGAAGUUGUGUCACUUUGCCUACCGGACCAGAGUCAAGGAUGUCAGCUUGCGAGAGGUUCAACAGGUCUUCGACAGUGGCUUCUUUGAUCAGAGACAAGAAAAGGCGAUGUCCCAAGAAGACAUACAGUUUGUCAAGGUCAUGACAGAGGGCAUGCACAAAGAAGAAGGAGGCCACUUCGAAGCUCCCCUUCCGCUGAAAGAAGGCCAGUCAAUGCCAAACAACAGAGAUCUCGCAGAAGCCAGACUAGCCCAACUGAAAAGAAGACUCCUUCGAGACGACAAGCUGAGAACUGACUACGCGGCCUUCAUGAGUGAUCUCUUCCUGAAAGGAUACGCUGAACCGGUUCCGGACGAGGAGAGAGACCGUGACGGCAUGGUCAACUACGUACCACACCACGGUGUGUACCAUGAGAAGAAAGGAAAACUGAGGGUCGUGUUCGACUGCAGCGCACUCUGCAAGGAUGACUGCCUGAACGCUCGUCUUCUCCAGGGACCAGAUGUAAACAACAGCCUCAUUGGCAUUCUCGUGCGUUUCAGGGAAGCCCCUGUGGCGUUCAGUGGAGAUAUCGAAGGCAUGUUCAACCAAGUGCGCGUCAACCCUGAACACAGAGACCUGCUCCGGUUCCUCUGGUGGAGCGACGGAGAUCUCGACGAGCAGCCGCGAGAGUACCGAAUGUGCACUCACCUUUUCGGGGCUACGAGCUCUCCAGCAGUUGCACUCUUUGCUCUUAAGAAGACAGCUCAGAUGUACGGAGAGGAGUACUCACCCGAAGCUGCGUCCUUUGUGGAGAGGAACUUCUACAUCGACGAUGGAGUGGCUUCGACCAAAACAUCGGAGGACGCGGUCCGACUGAUACGGGACGCGGUGAGUCUGUGUUCGAAGGGAGGAUUCAACCUCCACAAGUUCAUCUCCAACGACAGAGACGUUUUGAAAGCACUGCCGGUGUACAGUUUGUCGAAGAGCUGUCAGCUGGCACUGGACGGAGAGACGCCUCUCCCUCUUGAACGCGUGUUGGGCCUGAAGUGGGAGACCGAGGAAGACUCGCUGUGUAUCGACGUCAGUUUUCCCAGCAAGCCAGCGACGAGAAGGGGUAUUCUGUCAUCAGUGAGCGCGAUUUAUGAUCCCCUUGGAUUUAUCAGCCCAUGCACUCUCGUGGCGAAGAACAUUCUCAAACGCCUGUGCGUGGACAAGUACAGCUGGGACGACACAAUUCCCGAGGACAUGGAGGAAGAGUGGCGUUGUUGGAAGGAAGACGUUGAGCUGCUGUCCAUGCUCAAGGUUCCCCGCUGCUUCGUCUCAGAGGAGCUCAGUGAAGUGAAGAAGUACGAAGUGCAUCACUUCUCGGACGCGAGCUACGAUGGAUGCGGCCAGUGCUCGUACCUCAGGACCGUCUUCAAGGACGACAGGAUCGCCAGCUCGCUGAUAAUGGCGAAGUCCAGAGUCACACCCGUGAGAGCGGUCACCAUCCCGAGACUUGAGCUGGUUGGUGCCGUUAUUUCUGUACAAGUAAGCUGCUUUCUCAGAAGCGAGCUGUCAAUCCGGGACUAUGAGGAAUACUUCUGGUCUGACAGCCGCGCAGUUCUCGGCUACAUUCGCAACGACGCGAAGCGAUUUCACGUGUUUGUAGCCAACAGGAUCCAAUACAUCCGACAGCACACAGAGCCUCGGCAGUGGCAUUACAUCGAGUCAAAGAACAACCCAGCGGAUUUAGCCUCCCGAGGAGUCGGCGCGAGAGAACUGUUCACCAGCAACCUGUGGUGGCAUGGUCCAGAACUGCUUACAGCAGAUGUCAACAUCCCCGAUACAGAGCAGGAGUUCAUCGUCCCAAACGACGAUUCAGAAGUGAAACGUUCUUCAUACCGGACCACGGUCUUGAAGUCCUGUGAAGACGACGAGGGAAGGAUCUCCCAGGAGGCGAAACGAGGAGACACUGAAGGUGACGCCAAAGGAAAAUGUGAGGGGGAUGCAACCAAACCAAAUAGCGAGCUCGACGAAGAACAGAGAGUUGUAUCCGGUGAAGAUGACGACGUGCCCCCGAUAUCCAGUGGAGACCACUCGCUCGCGAAGCGCCUCGGCUACUUCUCCAGUUGGCACCGAGCAAAGAAGUCGGUAGCCUUGUGUCGGCGUUAUAUGACCAUCUUGGCCAGCAAACCAAGUCAGAAUCGAGGCACGACGGACGUCAGAUCGUACGUGCCGGUCGAACGAAUGACCGUAGACGACCUGAUGCGAGCAGAACAAGCGAUUUUGAAAUCUGUUCAGAAAGAAGCGUUCACAGAAGAGCUGAGCCUGCUGACGUCACAGCAACAAGAAGGAAACUACGAAGAAUGUGGACGCGAAGAAAAUGCCAAAGAGAAGGCAGCCAAGAACAGAAUCACGGGCAGAGACAAGUUUAUAAAACGCAAAAGCCCGAUCUACAGACUGGAUCCGUUCCUCCGAGAGGACGGACUGAUUUGUGUCGGAGGGCGCAUGAAGAACAGCACGCUGUCAAAGGAGGUUGCCCACCCGGUGAUCCUCCCAAGAAAGAGUCACGUGACCGAGCUGAUCGUGAAGGCGUGCCACGAAAACACGUGCCACGGUGGGCGUGGUACGACACUCAACGAGCUCCGUGCGGCCGGAUAUUGGGUCAUUGGUGGUCGCCGCGCGGUAAGCAGCUACAUUCUAGGCUGCGUCACGUGCAAGAAACUUCGCGGAAGUCCACGGAUGCAGAAGAUGGCGGAUCUGCCACUUGAGAGGACUGAGCCGGUGGAGCCUUUCAGCCAUUGCGCGGUCGAUUGUUUCGGACCUUUCUAUGUCAAGGAGCGGAGGAGCCAAGUGAAGCGCUGGGGUAUCCUCUUCAGCUGCCUGGCAUCCCGUGCCAUCCACCUUGAGACCGUCUGUUCCCUCUCAGCAGAUUCCUUCCUGAACGCGUUUCGGCGCCUCGUCUGUCGAAGGGGUCCCGUUCGGAAGCUGUUCUGCGACAACGGGACGAACUUCGUCGGAGGCAAGAACAUGUUGGAGGAGGCGCUGAAGGAGGACGACCACAUCCGAAUCAGAGGAGAGCUGCUCAAGAAAGAUUGUGACUGGUUCGAGUUCAAAUUCAACGUGCCACAGGCAAGCGCCAUGGGAGGAGUUUGGGAGCGCAUGAUCAGGAGCGUGAGGUCAGUUCUAACUCCCCUCAUCGUGGCCCAUGGCCACACGAUGGACGACGAGCUACUCCGGACGUUGCUGGUGGAGUGCGAGGCGAUCGUCAACAGUCGUCCGAUCUCGUACUUCAGCGGAGCGUCGGACGAUACGCUCCUGCCCCUCAGCCCCAAUCAAAUACUAACACUGAAAAGUAGAGUAGCAGUACCUUAUCCCGGUAGUUUCUCCCAAUCCGAUCUCUACGUGCGUCAGCGCUGGAGGCGUGUCCAAUUUCUGGCGGACCAAUUCUGGCGGCGCUGGAGACGGGAGUUCCUGCCGACCCUGCAGGAGCGGCAGAAAUGGGUUCAUCGGUACCCAAAUCUGCAGCCUGGAGACAUCGUCGCCGUCAUCGACGACGACGAGCCGCGCUCGCGGUGGCCGCUCGGCCGCAUCACCAGUGUGUAUCCGAGCGGAGACGGCCUGGUCCGCAAGGUGUGCGUGCGGAUCGGUUCUACGAACUACGAUCGACCAGUGAAUCGUGUGAUUCUACUGAUUGGCGACCGGGAUGAUUCCCAGUCGGGGAGCAAGAACUCCCAGUAA